GAGAGGAGGCAGUGUGAGUGAGACGGAGAAGCAGCAUCUAAGCAGGUUGUUUUUGUAUUUCCCACCUGGGCUCUCACAGGCAGCUCCGCUCCGGGAUCCGAUGAUUACAGGGCAGCUGAGCAAGCCGCUGCUCUCCCUGCGCAGCGAGAUGAGCGCGGCGGAACUCCGGGCGGACGACAAAGCGCCGGCGUCUCCGGACAGUGAGCUGAACGACGACCCGCUUCUCCUGUCCUCUGACGCCAACGACAGAGAGGACACUCCCAACAAGCUGUACGGUGCCCGGGAAGGCUCUGUUCAGUCAGAUGCCAGCAGCAGUCCUUCGGAGCAGGGUGGGUUGGGUCAGUCUCACCCUGCCUACUCAGUAGGACCCCAGUCCCUCCUGGUAGCUCAACAACUGGCCAACGCCGUGGGCGGGGUGAUGUCGGGGGCGGCUCCAGGCCUGAACCAACCCAUCCUCAUCCCCUUCAACGCGGGCGGGCACUUGGGCGGGCAGCAGGGCCUGGUGCUCUCCCUGCCCACCACCAACAUCCAGGGCCUGGUGGCAGCCGCGGCCGCAGGGGGGCUCAUGUCCCUCCCACUCCAGAACCUGCAAGACCCCUCUGGCCACAAGGCUCCCCUCCCCUCCUCCCUGUCUGGCCUCAUCACAGCUCUGCUGAAUGAGGCCUGCUGGCACAGCGCCUCUGUUUCGACCAUGGACCAGUCAGCUCCUUCUAUGACCUCGGGGGCGAGUGUGUUCAACAGCCAGGCACGCUGCUAG